AUGAACUUCAACGAACUCCUGAAGAAGGCGGCCUCAACGACCGCUCAACAGCAGGCGGACUUUGCGAAGCAGGAGAAGGAGCGCCUCGCAGCGAAGAAGGCAGCCGAAGAGGCAGAAGCGCGGAAACGGGCGGAGCAAGAGAGGUUUGCCGCUCAACGCCGGAAAGAGCGCGAGGAGCGUGAGCGGAGGGAGCGGGAGGAGGCCGAGCGGAAGAAGGCUGCAUUGCCGAAGACGACGAACCUCUGGCAGCUGAAGCAGGAGCGGAAGAAGCUUGGGCUGGAUCCGGAUGGUAAGGACGACCACUUGCUUGAAGGGAAGGCGAAGAACGGGGCGACAAAAGCUGGCGCCUCGUCGACGAGCGCCGCGAAGGGCAAGGGCAAAGCGAAGGAGAAGACAGUCGUCUCUCAUCGGGAGGACAAGGCGAGGAAGCGGCACGACGCUCUGUUCCGCGACGACGAGCCAUCCAGCGGCGGUUUCGCUCUCGCUAAGCUCCAGCAGAAGUUGACCGCGAGAGACGACUCCCCUUCCCGCCCAACUGCGAGCACGUCUCGCCCUACUACCUCUUCCUCCGCCACGGCCAAGCCAAAGUCCGUCACCGCCAAAUCCUCUGCAGCACUCUCCCGCACAUCCUCGACGUCGUCUACCGGCUCUGCGCCGGGCGCUGCCGGCGGCUCUGUUCGCGACCGUCUGAAGGCGGGCUUCUCGGACGCGCCGCAGAAGCUCAACGUGGUCAAGCGGGACAACCGCACAGUUGAGGAGAUUGAGCGGGACAUGAAGCUGAGGAAGGAGAAGGAGGCGGCGGCGAGGCACGGCGGGUCCGCCCCAUCAACAUCUGCUGCCGCUGCGACCACGACCAUCAAGUCGGCUAGUCGCUCGCCUGCGCCUGCGCGACCCGCCAGCAAGACGAAGCCCGCGCGACGAGCGCGGUCAGUCACGCCUUCUGACGAGGACGACGAAAGCGACAUGUCGACCUCUUCUACCGAGCAGCGCAAACGCAAGAGAUCGCGCUACGAGAAGGAGCGUGGCUUGAACAGCGCACAGCGAGAUGCGAUCUGGAGUCUCAUGGGGCGGAAUAGGCAUGCCGACGUCGCGCGGGAGCGGGCGUUUGACAGUGAUGACAGCGACAUGGAGGCGACUGGUGCCGACGUCCUGCUCGAGGAGCGCAGAGCUGCACGUCUGGCAGCGAAGGAGGAUGCGGAGGAGCAGGAGCGCCUCCGCCGUUACGCCGAGGAGAAGAAGAAGCGCAAGAUCCAGUCCUCGAAGUAA